AUGCCCACGGCAAAGCCGAGCAGCGCCGUGCGCGCCCCCGCGCUCCGCAGAGCCGCUCUCCCGCGAGGGGCAGCAGCGCCGGUGCCAGGCGCGCCGGCCCGGCUCUGCCGAGGGCCCUGCUCCCGAGGGGAAGGGAUCCAGAGAGGGCUUGUUAUCUACAUAUGCUUCUUCAAAGGUGCCGAUGAAGAUCUUGUUCCAAAAAUUGUCAAUACGCUGCUGAAUGUUCAGUUAAGUGAAAAUGAAAGUGGCAAGUACGUUUCCGUUCUUGAUUUGCCAGGCAGUGUGCUAAUCAUACCUCAAGCUACACUAGGUGGUAAGCCGAAAGGAAAAAGGAUGCAGUACCAUACCAACAUUGAAAAAGAAAAAGGGUUUGAACUUUAUUCUCAGUUUGUGUCUCUGUGUGAGAAAGAAAUUGCUGCCAAUGCCAAAUGCAUGGAAGCAGGUGUUUUGGUCAAGCAUGGCACAUAUGGAAACAGGCAGGUGUUAAACCUGGAUACAAAUGGACCUUUCACUCAUUUGAUUGAAUUUUGAAAAAAAAAAUAAAUGUUGUCUUGGAUACAG